AUGUAUAAAGUACCAAUCAACAUUUAUAGUAGUAUAAUGUACAACAACAAAGUGCUUAUUGGUAAUUGGUUCGAAGAACAAAAUGUCACUUUUGCAUUACAAAAAGAUGGCAAUAAGAAGUCGGCUUAUCAAAAAGAUUACCGAAAACAUGCUUUACCGGUCAGAGAUAAUAAGAGUAUAUGGAAAAUAAGAGAAAAAGCACAAGGAUUGCCGAGACAAUUAUUUCAAGACCAUGGGAUCCACAAUGCUUAUGAUGAAAACAUGUGUACCUUGUAUGAUUUGAACUGCAUGUAUGCUUACAAUCGGCCACUAGCCAGACGUUACAAAUCGCAUACUGGAACUUGGGAACCCGAACAAAGUUUCAUAUCAAAUCAUGGUCCUGGACGAAAUGAAUUGGUGAAAAAAAAACGGCAGUCUUGGGUCGACGAUAAUCAAGAAAAUGUACAGAAAACUGAAUAUCAAUGUAGAUAUGCAUUGAAUUAA